AUGAACGGUGUUAAGAUGAACCUGAGCGACCCAAACCCUAAAUCCGUCUGCAGCAAAUUCACCCCUCCGCUGAACGUGAAACUUUCUAACUUGCCCAACACCGUCGACUGGAGAACUCAGGGUUACGUAACGCCAAUUAAAGAUCAGGGUCAGUGCGGUUCCUGCUGGUCAUUCUCUACAACUGGUUCCUUGGAAGGCCAUAACUUCAAGAAGACUGGAUCUCUCACUUCCCUGUCCGAGAAAAACCUGAUGGACUGCUCCGCGAAGUAUGGUAACCACGGUUGCCAGGGCGGUUUGAUGGAUCAGGCUUUUGCUUACGUCAUUGCCAACGACGGCAUUGACACCGAGACAUCAUACCCAUACCAGCCAGUUAAUGGCAAAUGCAAGUUCAACCCUUCCAACGUUGGAGCCACAGAGAAGAGCUGCAUGGAUAUAAAGGCGGGGGCAGAGGAUGACCUUCAGGCCGCCGUAGCAACCGUGGGGCCAAUCUCCGUUGCUAUUGACGCCAGUCACCCAUCCUUCCAGUUCUACAAGUCUGGACUGUAUAACGAGAAGAAGUGCUCAUCCACCAAUCUCGAUCACGGUGUGUUGGCUGUUGGAUAUGGAUCUCAAGACUCAAAGGAUUAUUGGCUCGUCAAGAACAGUUGGGGAAUGAGCUGGGGAAUGCAGGGAUACAUUAUGAUGUCUCGAAACGUGAAGAACCAGUGCGGUAUUGCCACUGCUGCUAGCUUCCCUACCAUGUAA